GGUUACACUAAACAGACAUAGUUUUACACUCCAUUAAAGCAACUUUUAAGGAGUUGUAAAGUACUCAUCGUCAAGAAAAUUCGAGUAAUCUUCCCGUUAUUUUCGCAGAGGAGUUAAUCAGAAGACAGGAUACGCGAGAUGACGCAGUCUUUUGUAGAAACAGCGAAGUUUCUUUCUUCAUCGACCUUCGAUCCUCCUCCAUAUCUGAGACCACCAGGCGGACCGUAUGAGACAACAUACACAGCAUCGUUUCAAACUGGCCGGCCGUACACAUCACCUCACUACUCUCUUAGACCUUUAUCGAGGUCUUUUGAAUUUCCUUCCAAGAUAUUGAACGGAUCUUCCACUGGAUUAGAACAUUUACCGUACACAGCCGUCACACAGCGCGCUAUACAUAAAUACACUCCACAGCAAUGGCGAACCUCGAACGUUCUUAAUGUUUCCUCAGGCGAGAAGGAACGAGCGACCGCGGAGAGGCUUCGAGAUGACUGCGCGCGGCUUCGAACAGAGACAGCCCUUCUCACACACCGCACGCAGACAGAUGUCAACAAGAAGCUAGAGCAUCGCAUCCAUGAUAUAACUUACUGGAAGAACGAACUCGAGAAACAACACGCCGAAACGGUCGCCGAGAUCAAGGCCCUUCAGGCGUUUAUCGGUCGCUUGGAGAAGGCCUUAGCAGCAACAGAAAAGCCUUUGAAUGUCGCAAAGCAAUGUCUGGAUUACAGAGAGAGGAGAGUCAAGAUCGAUCUUGUUCAUGAUAAUGUGGAAACGCAUAUCAGCAAGGUACGGAAAUUACUUUGUUUUCAAUUACCCUGGAGCCAGCAUCGAGAAAUUAUGUUUAAUUGUAUCCAUUUAGACCGAGUUAUUGUUUAUUCUUCUUAAUUUUGCUAAUGAUUUUCAAGGGGAUAGUUGAGAUAAAGAAGUUGUGGGCUUUGUUUCAAUGCGCUAUUUCAUAUGUUUUAAGAACUUUUAAAAAUGUUACCUAUGGCUUUGAGAUUAGGAGUGAUGAUUACUAGUCGCGCGAGAAAUCGUUCGUGGUUUAGGGCGACAAUAUAUUUAUCGUCUGACCUCGGUUACGCAGCCUAAAAACACCUUUAGGAUCUAUGAAUAAGCGAUAUUUCUGUGAUAAUAGAUAAUGGCCUUCGUGUCCAAUAUGAUAAUUCUUUGAAUACACGACAAUACCGGCCUUCUGUUUAUAUCAAGAUGUUUUGUUUUCUGUUUCGGUGGUUUGGAGUAGUAAGUUUCGAAGGAAGCAUUCACUGGGUUUUCAAUUUCAAACAAAAUAUUUUUUCUACGAUGAUCUAAGAUAUUUCCCGGUCGAUCUUUUCCUCGUAGUUGUUCAUAUAGUCAAAAGUAAACGGCUCAGUAAGCGUCAGUAACGCUUCCCUAUUGUUUGUACAACGAGGGAAGUUUAAUUUAAUCAGACUGAGCGAGAGUUGAAUAAGCAGGGAACCGUGAUACUUAUGCGAUUUGAGAACUUUUAAAGUACUAGAGUGUAAACAUCUCCUGUCUAUUUUUCAAGUGUUAUUCGAUCGCAGAGAUUGUAUUUAUCGUGAUAGCAGUGAUAAACUUUAACCUGUUAUAACAUGGUCAACGAAUUGGUCACUAUGGCAACCAGCUCUACUUCGCCUGUAGUUUAAUACACUAAGGGUCUGUAAAUGUACUCAUUAUAAGAAACAAUGUCGUUAUAGUUUUGCACGGUUUCUCAAGUCUUUUUGAAAUAAUAUACCGAUCCAACGCUCUAAUUUCGAUGCUAAAACUUUUCGUUUGGUUGAUUCUUACAAUGCUUUGUAUGGAGUCGAAAAAAAACUUAACUACGUUUUAUUUAUUUUUCUUUUAUCUAGGAAGUGGAGAUGAUUGAAAACGUGCGGGCUUUGCUUAAGAAAACAAUGGAUCAAGCCCACGAACAGCUGUGGUAAGUUGUGAGUUUAGAAUUCUUGAGUCUGCCCUAAUUCCACUACACUUGGCAUUGACACUGAGGUCAUCCCACAAAUAUGACAGCUAUUGCGUAAAAUAUUGUCACACACGAUCCAGCCUAAAUUUGUGUUGAUAGAUUAAGAUAUCCCUCAGAUCACGUUUGCAACUAUUACAAUUUCGACUGGUCCGUUGCCAAUUUGGAUGUACAUCGUUGCUGGAAUUGCAGCCAUAUUUUUGACCAUGCGCGUUAUUUCUGCAUUCGGAGUGUAACUUAAUCUCGUUGAGCGCAAAUUUUUGUUUAACAACCUUUCGCCAGCUGAAGAAAAAUCGUUCAUGAAAAGGUCUGAAAAUGGUUGCUCACAUCCUAACAGCAGUAUAUGCAUAUUCUCCAUACUGUUCUCUAUAUAUUUCCGAAGGUACUGACAAAGAGAAUUUGUUUUACAAUCAAAGCUUUUUAAGUUGGUGAUCAUUUUCUUUAUUGUCAUUUACUUGAUGUUUGAUUCAUGGGUGAUGUUAUAAUCACCAUAAUUCGCAAUAGUUGUUAAGCCAAUAGUUAAGCGUUCAUAUAUCUUGAUAUGCUCAAUCAGCAACACAUUCUAUUUCUCUAAGGUUGCUUCGCUCUGCUAAGACUCUGCUGGAAAAAGAUCUUGGCGACAAGUACGGUUCCCUUGGGAUUGACGGGAAAUGCUCCACGCUAACAAACUUCUCUAAGGACAUCCAUUUUGCGCCCCACUCGGUCACGAUCCAACAACAGUAAGUGAACAUGAAUCAUUUGAUUUGAUUUUAUCAACUGGGUUUAUAACGUAAAUUGACCACCAUAAAGAGUUCCAAAGCUGGCGUUUCGAGCCUCAGCCCUUCGCUCUGACUAAGGGCUAAGGCGUGAAACGUCAGCUUUGAAACUCUUAACGGUGGCCAAUUUACAUUAUCAACUCAGUUGAUAAAACCAAAUCACCUUGCUAUACUCCCCCACCGACGCAGCACCACAGAUUCUCUAGAAACGUACCCCCUUUGAACAUGCAUAAUUGCUAGUGUUGUGAACUUGAUGAGCAAUAGUCACGCAACGCAGUCAGAGACUGCGUGACAUACCCGAAGAACUUCCCUUUGCCACAGUUUGCCUAAUGAACUGGUUCCUUUGUCCUUUAGGUCGCAAAUUCAAAUUUUCUGCUAUAUCAGGAACGAGAUAAGCAGACGAAUAAGAGUAAACUUUUCUUAUGACACACGGUUAGAUUUUCAGAACGAAAAUUGGGAAGCAAGCCAUUCUUGACCUCUCUCUUUCAAAAGUCCACUUCUAAAAUGACAUUAAAAAUUUCAAUCGAUCCUUAAACUGUAUGUAACUGUAAAGUAUGUAACUUUUCCUUGAAAUUUAGAGGAACAUUUAGCUGAACGACAACAAGAAGAAGAAGAUUUUACUUGGGAUGAAACACCAAAAUUCUCUUUACUUAUUUAGGAGGGUAUAGCAGCGAGUGGGAGAAUGUAUAAUCAUAUACUGACAGUCUUAAAAUUUGACGGCUUCAAUCAAUUAUGUGAUAUUUGAUACCUCGAAACUUAAACAAAUAAAAACUCUGAGUCUCUCCCUGGGGAUUCGAGCCAAAGACCCUCCGACUUCGUUGUUUCAGACCAUACUACAGAGCUAUAGAGUUCUUCUUAGCUAGCGAAGCCCAAACCAGUUUGCAUGCAACUAAUGUCCUGAUUACUGCAAGGAUCAUCAUGUUAAAAUCCUCCCUAGUUGAAAUUUUUUUUUGUCAAAUAACCCACGCUUAUUUGUUCUUGUGGUAUUCUUCCAGUUCUUUCACUCCAGAUGAAUGGGAGGCCUACUCUUCAGAGAAUAUUGCCAAAGCAGAACGAGAACGCAAGGCAUCGGUGGCUCUGCGAUCAGAGAUUAAUGGAAUCUUGAUGCAGACUUAUGUCGACCUGAGGAACAUCUUUGAGACUGUUAACAAUGAAUUCAGCAAGCGUAUUGAGGAGACGGUGACUGCUAAGAGAUCGCUCGAGAAAGAAUUGGCCAGGGUUAGUGUUUCCUAUACUUUACACUGCAUUGUGGUUAAGUGUCGUAAAAAAAUAAACGCAGGGUAAUCAAAGUGUCCAAUCAGAACCCAGGAAAAUAUGACAAGGUGCCAGUGAGACUCAGGCGCAAUUUAAAACAUAUAAAAGCUUUUAUUUUGAACGUUAAACAAUAUUGACCACUUUUCACGAUUGCGGGACCAAGAAAAUCUCAGUCCAUGUGAAACUUCCAACCUCAACCUCUCUGUGUCUGCGAGGAUCAGAAAUGUCAAACAGUUCAAAGUGGAGACGGAGUAAGGUGGCUGUGAAUUUAAAUUUCAUUUUUUUUAGAGCUAAACCUGAAUUGCUCUAUCAUAGGUUAUGGAUGAAAUAGCGUCUAUGGAGAACAACGUCCGUGAUCUCAGGCAAGCCAUUGCAGACAAAGAGAACCCACUUAAAGUUGCCCAUACUCGCUUAGACAAGCGUUCUUUGAGACCCAAUGUCGAGCUUUGCAGAGAUCCUGUACAGUACCGACUGGUUGGAGAGGUUGGCGAGAUCAACGUCUCAAUAGACCGUCUGCGCAUGCGUUUGGCUGAAGCCGAGGCCUCCCUCAUGGCUUUGCUGAGGAACAAGGAGCGCCUGGAAGAUGAUAUUGAAGUGAAGACCAACAGCCUUUUUAUUGACCGUGAUCAGUGCAUGGUCAUUAGGCAGCAAGUCCGCCAUAUUUCUCACUAAAGAAACUGUUACGUAACUGUGGCAACAGAUAAUCUGAAAAGGACAAAGAACUCUUAAGAGAUAUGUGGAGAUUUUUUUAUAGGGCAUUUUAUUUAAAAGCAAAAUUAAAUUACUUUCGAUUCUGGAAAUGGAAUUUUGGAACUGAGAUUUUAAUAGAAAUUUUCCUUUGUCCCGUUUGCCAUUUUAAAAUGUGGUCCGGUUGAAGUAAAAUUUUGAAUCGUUUGAAUCUUCAACAUCUUUUAUUCUUUCAUUUGCGUACCUGAAUGUUCCUUUUAAGACAGGAUUGUAACAGAUAUUUGCUUCUAUUUCACUUUGAUUUAUAUGGAAAAGAAAAGAAUAGAAUACUGGAUUCAGGUUCUUAGGUGAAAUUUCUGUUGUGUUAUUCAUAUACGCGUGUGUGAUUCUACAAAAUAUUUGCACCUCUAGAAAACACGUCAAUUAAUAUAUUAAUACCUUUUGCACUGGUUGUUAAAUGAGAUGUGAUAAUUUAAAUAAGAACCAGCAAGAGAACAGAUAAAUCAUAAAGGAAGCUUGUUUGUUAAAUAACCGAAUAAGAUUCAUUAAACUCCCCGGUGAAUUUCAAACAGGAAAGAGUGACGCGCAUUGGGUCAAACAUAACUCUGGGGAGGGGGAGAGAGUAUGCGAGUGUCUGAGAAUUUAUUUUAAAGAGAGACAGUGAAAGUAUUUCUUAGUGUAGUGAAAAGAAUAGAAUCAGAAGACAGUACUAAUAUUCUGCUUGUAAAUACCUUAAUACUUCUGCAAUAAAUCACUUUUUAUCACUA